UAUAAAAUUGCACAACAAGGACUGAACUAUUUUGAUAUCGAUGAAGAUGGAAUGCUUGCGAAAGAUCGUGCUGGGAAAAAACAAGAAAUCUCUACUGAUAUUGUUGAAAAAGUACCGGAUACAAAUGAUUUUCGAAUUCAUAAAGUUGUAAAGCGUGUUCUUGAAAACGAUACCCAUGAUCAUGAUGUUGGAAUUUGUCUCAAUUGCAAGGAUACAAGUGAUUUCCAAAUUCAUAAAGUUGUAAAGCGUGUUCUUGAAAACGAUACCCAUGAACAUGAUGUUGGAAUUUGUCUCAAUUGCAAGCCUCUAUCACCCCCAACGAAUCAAGUACUUCACAAACAAUUCAUAAUCCUUAACAAACUAGAUAAGGAUCAAAAGGAAUCCCCGAAGAUUAUUGAAAGAAGGAGUGUAAAAUACAACAAUGAAGAAAUGGAAAAAUUCAAGACUACACAUGACUCAAAAUUCAAUUGUUUGUUUAGAAUACCAGAAGGUACGGGGAAGUUGGAAGGGAACUCAAUUAAGAAGCCAACAGGUAACUUGAGGGUUAAUCAAUUGAACAAAUUCGAUCAAUUCAAAAAAAUCGGCCGACCCAACAAAAUUGAUCAGUUCAACAGACCAACAGUUCUCACGGCAACCAUGAAUGAUGAUGAUAAUAAUAAAACAAAGGUUUCCAAGAAAGAUGAGAAGAUUGUAAAGAAUAAUAGGGAAGAAUAUAUGGAAACAACGUAUAAGGUCGAAACCGAGACGAAGGCAGAGGAGAACGAGCAGAAAAUUGGCAACGGUUUUUUUGAUGUUUUGGGAAAAGAUUUGGAUUUUUUUCUGAAGGAAUGUUGUGAUAUUCUACAGUCGUUAUUUCCAUUCCUGAAACCAGACACCAAUCGCGAGAUUUCGAUGAAAACUCCUCUGGAAUUCAUCAGCGAGGAUUCGGUUGAUGAUGGUUUUGAAAAUGAUGAUGAUGAUGAUGAGCUCGAUGAUGACAUUUUUCCACCUGUUUUCGGGGUGGAUGGGGGUCUUCUAGGGGAGAUAAUGGAUGGAGGGUUUGAGAAACAGAUGGAGGAUUUGUGGAGUCGUGGAAACGAUGAUGAAAUUGGGGUGGGGUGGGGUGGUGUUUGAUGGGAUAUUUUGAUUGGAAUGAAAUUCGAGAAUUUAAAAUUCAGUUUUUAUUGGGGAAUAGACGUGGAUUUAGAACUUCGUGUUAUUUAGGGAAUAUCUUGUGAAAUUUCAUUGUGAUUAUUAUCUGACUGUUAUUACGCAUUAUUACUUGGAAUCUGUGAGAUUUAGACAUUUAUUUCCACCUUGAUAGCUUUUUAGCUAUUUCAUUUGAUCACUGGUUGUGUACAUUGGAGGUCAGUAAAUUGAAUUUGUGCUUACUUGAAAUUCAAUACGAAGCAAUAAGUGAUGGACUGAGAAGAAUUGAAUAAGAAGAAUAUAUUUAUUGGCAUUAUUGCUCUAUAACACGUCGAAAUUAUUCUCGAUAAUGUAAUAAGGGAGUAAUUAUAGGCUAUUGUGCUGGAAUGUAAAUGGAGCAAGUUGUAAGAAAUGCUCCUCCAAGAAAGUGUUGGCCUAUAUGUAAUAAAAAUAUAAAAUUAGUAGUAUUGAUAUGAGUCUGUAGUUUGUAGCCAAUGUGCCAGUAAAAUUGAGUUAUUGAA